CAUUAGCCAAGAAAUCAACAAUGGCUACAAUUAGUGGCUCAAUCAGCAAUGCUAUGGGCUUGGAAUUAGAAUCUUUUAUGGUUAUUGUCCCAUAAUGGUUACAAUUCUAGGCCAAUUUAGCAAAGCUAUGGGUUAAGGUCCAUAAUUUUAUAGUCAGUGGCCCCAAUGGUUAAAAUUGUAGGUUCAUUUACCAGUACUUGGGCUUAUUACAGCACCUUAGGCCCAUGUCUUCUUUGGACUUUAGCACACAUGAAGCAAUUAUAGGCCCAUUUUGCCAUGACAAUGAGCCUGUUAAUCAAAGAUCAAAACAAAAUCUCAGAAAAAAACUAAAAAUUACACUCUUUUCAGGUCAGCAAUGGAUCUUCUCUGCAAAGCCUACUCCAACGCUUCAGACGAUGAAACGGAACCCGAACUCGAACUCGAACUCAAACUCAAAUCCAAACCCGUAAACCAUCACCACCUUCCUUUCCGCCCUGCGAAACGGCCCAAACCUGAAUACCCAUUCCCUACAGUGGAUCUUCGGAAGAGAGAAGAAGCUCCGGUUCCAGGUAGAUACAUAUCCAAGAGGGAGCGAGCACUUUCUGUUUCGGUUCCCCUGGCUGCUGAACCGAACCCGGAUCACCAGGAUCCUCGUUUCAUCACUCAGCCAGUUCUGGGAAGCAUUUCAGAUUUGGAUAUACCACAUUAUGUUCUCUCAUCAAUGCAGCAUAAGCCAAAGGGCAUUACACAGCUAAGUCAAAUUCCUGAAAAGUUGUCCAUCGCUCUGCAUGGCCAUGCAAAAGCUGUUAAUGCUGUUUGUUGGUCACCAACUCAUGCUCAUCUGCUUGCUUCUGCUGGGAUGGAUCAAACAAUUCACAUAUGGAAUGUAUGGAGCAGAGAUCAAAAGAAAGCUCGUGUGUUUAGCUUUCAUAACGCAGCUGUGAAAGACGUUAAGUGGUCAAAGCUGGGGUUAUUUGUGCUUUCUUGUGGAUAUGACUGUUCAUCAAGGUUGAUUGAUGUUGAAAAGGGACUUGAAACACAGAAUUUUAAAGAGGAUCAAGUUGUUGGAGUUAUCAAAUUCAAUCCAGAUAACUCAAACCUAUUCCUUUCUGGGGGAUCAAAGGGCAGACUCAGAUUGUGGGAUGUUAGAACUGGCAAGGUGGUGCAUGAAUACGUUCGAGGUCUGGGUCCAAUUCUUGAUGUUGAAUUCAUUAAUGAUGGGAAGCAAUUUGUAUCUUCCAGUGAUGUUUCUGGGGGUAAUGUCAGUGAAAAUUCUAUUAUUGUUUGGGACAUCUCAAGACAGGUGCCACUGUCUAAUCAGGUUUAUGCAGAAGCCUACACUUGUCCUUGUGUGAGGUACCAUCCAUUUGAUCCCUAUUUUGUGGCUCAAUCAAAUGGAAAUUAUAUUGCCAUUUUCUCUUCAAGUCCCCCCUUCAAGCUAGACAAGUAUAAAAGGUAUGAAAGUCAUGCAGUGUCUGGAUUUCCAGUUAAGUGCAAUUUCAGCUUGGAUGGGGACAAGCUUGUGUCUGGUUCCUCAGACGGUUCGAUGUACUUCUAUAACUCCCGAUCGUCGGUGCUCGUCAAGAAAAUCAAGGCAUAUGAGCAGGCCUGUGUUGAUGUCGUUUUCCAUCCCAUCUUGUCUAAUGUAAUUGCUUCAUGCAGUUGGAAUGGAGAUGUUUCAGUGUUCGAGUGAAGACAGCGUAUUUAUCCUUAAUCUUAGGACAAGCAAAGGAAUCUUGAACAUACAAAGAUGUAUAAAACAACGUAUUACUCUUCUUACUUAAUUUGUGUGGGAAAGCACAAGAGAAACAGAAUUAAAACCAUUGACAAUCACAAGAUCUCAGUCUUCUAUUAACUCUUUUGUUAGUUCUUUCUAACAUAAUAUAGCAGGUGUUUUUUUUUUUUUG